AUGUUCCAUACAAAAACAUCUAUGUUUCGAAAAGACGGACAUCGAUGUCGCAUCCCUAGCGAGGAGGCGGCGGGUGUGCGCGCGCAGGUGGAGACGUCGGCCUUCUCGGGGCUCACCAACGUCGAGCACCUCAUCUUCCCGUCGGGCAUCCGCUCGGUGGAGCCCGACGCCUUCAGCGGGCUGGACACCGUGGGGCUGCUCAAGCUCGCCUUCAUGGACCUCACGUCGCUCAAGCCGCACACGUUCCGCGGCCUCAGCCACGUGCACGUGCUCGCCAUCCAGGAGUCCGACCUGGGCGUCAUCCGCACGGGCGCCUUCGAGGGACUCACGCAGUUGGUGGUGAGUGGUGGGUGGUGCGUUGGUGCGCAGGUGGGCAGCCUCAACCUGCUGAACAACAAGAUCGACGCGCUGCAGGAGCUGGCCAUCACGCGCGAGAACGCCGUGCGCGUGCUGCGGCUGCACGGCAACCACCUGCUCGAGAACCCGCGACCGGGCGCCGUCGUCAUCGAGGCGGUGGACACGCUCAGCGUCAUGGGCAACCACUUCCCCUGCGACUGCCACAUCCACUCGCUGCUCGAGGGCCCGCUGGCGAACAGCACGGUGCCGCGCCAGGACUUCCGCUCGCACAACUUCUGCAUCUCCCCGCUGGAGCUGAACGGGCAGCCCAUGAGCGCGCUCGACCUGGACGCCAUCGGCCGCUGCCAGGAGAAGGUGACGCGCGGCAACCUGGAGGCGGCGGAGCGGCCGGCCAACGCCGCACACGGCCCCGCGGUGCGUGCCACGCCCCGCCUCCGCGCCACCCACGCCUCCGCUCCGACACCUCCACACACAAUCACCACCACCACCACCACCACUCCAACACCAAUAACAAUACAACUUCAACACCUACACAACCUUCGAAAUGUUUGCCACGCCCCGCCUCCUCACCACCCACACCUCCGCUCCAACACUUCCAGUACACCAUUACCAUCACCAACAGCAAUACUAAUACCACCACAUCACCAACAAUAA